AUGUAGAUGGUUGUAUUAAAAUGGAAAAAGUAUGAAGAAAUUAUUACUGAAAUAUCUUAAGUAUUAUUGACAGUGCCAAUGGGAAUUAUUUUGAAUGAUGUUUGUAGUACCUUAAUAGUAACUCUAUAACUAAUAUAAAUGAAACCAUCAAAAUUUCUAUUAUUAAAACUAUCCUAUGUUGUUAUUUUAGGAAUGAUUAUACAUGGAUAAGUAUUUUAAAUUGUACUAAUUUGUUUAUCCUUCCUUACUAUAGCUGUUGAUAUCAAAUUAGAGUAACCUAAAUUUUAAUAUUCACCUACCUAACUCUCAAAUAAAAAACUAAGAGAGGAGAAUGAACUGGAUAAAACUGAUAAAUCAGAUAAAAUACAUCUUCAAUCAAUAGCUUAUAGUGACAAUUAAGCUGGACAUAGAACAAGUGCUAAAUGUAAAUAAUAUCUAUUUAUUAUUAGAUCAAUUUCUAUAAAUCUUAGAUGAAUUUCCUGAUGGAGUCGCUCUAAUAAUAUUUGAUGAAAAUAGAUUACCUCAAGUUGAUUUCUGUAAUUAAACAAUGAUGAAUUUAUUACACACAACUCAAUAAGAUUUAUUGAGUUCUUUAAUGUCACUUAAGAAUUUACAUAUCAUGAAAAAAAACCAAUAAACGUAAGAUCUUGCUACUUCAAUAUCUACAUAUAAAAGUAUGUAUUCCCCUGAAAAGAAUAAAAUUGGAAUAGUUAGAUCUAUCUAUAGAGCCUCAACAACAGUUUAGAAUCCUAAGAAUGAGUAAUUCAUAAAUACAAAAUUAAGAUUUUCCAAAAAUGUAAACUUAUCAAUAAAAAUAGCCUUUCAAAAUGGCCCUAGAAUAGGCUAUUCUAUAAAUCCAUUCAUAAGAAGUUUAAUCACUAUUAACAAAAACACAGAUUGGUUUUGAUUUACAUACAAUAUUGAAUGGAUAUACAACAUCAUAAUCAAAAAAAGAUGUCUGUAUUGAAAUUAAACUAUUUUUAUCAUAUCUUAAUGAUUAACCAUAAUUACUUAUAUUAACAAGAGAUGUCUCAUAUAAAGAUUAUAUCAAAUCAAUUAAUUAACAUAGUAAAGCAAAAUCUAAUUCUUUAAAUUUUGUUUCUCAUGAAAUUAGAACUCCUAUUAAAUGUAUUAUUUAAUUGUUAGAAGAAAUUGAAUUAAAAAAUGAUACAAUUAAGAAUGUUUUAUGGAAUUGUUAUUAUUUAUUAAAUUUCAGUCAUGAUUUACUUGAUCUAGCAUAAAUCAAAGUUGGUAAAUUUAAAUUACAUAAAAUUAAAUUUAAUUUAGAAUAAUUAAUAUUAUAAUUAUUUGAUUUAUUUAGAGUAGAAGCUAAAAGAAAUUAAAUUGCUUUGAAAUUAGAAUAUGAUUAAGAUGCUCCAAAAUAAAUAUGUAAUGAUGAUGUAAGAAUUAAAUAGGUAUUAAUUAAUUUAAUUGGAAAUGCAUUCAAAUUUACUAUUGAAGGUAGUAUAACAGUAAGUGUUAUAGAUUAAAAAGAUGGAACUUUAGAAAUUAAAAUAUCUGAUACUGGUUUUGGUAUAAGAGAAGAGGAUAAGAAAAAAUUAAUUAAAGCAUUUGGUAGAUUAGAUGAUGAUGAAACUAAAUAAUUUAAUCGAUCUGGUGUUGGAUUAGGAUUAUUAAUAAGUAAUAUGAUAUGUAAAUCUCUUUCAACUAAAGAAUCUGGUAUCAAAAUUGAGUCAGAAUUAUAUAAAGGCAGUUCUUUUUCAUUUGAAAUAGAUCAUGAAACUGUUUAUGAUACUGUCAUUAUUUGUGAUAAUGAGAGCAAUAAUGAAGAAGAAGAUUAAGUGGAUAUUGAAGCCUAACCUAGAGUCCAACGUAUUUAUUCUAAUUAAGCCUUUCGAUAGAGAGAAUUAUUAAUUAUUGAUGAUAAUCAAUUUAACAUUGAUAUAUUGAUUAAAUUAUUUAAUUCAAAAGGUAUUAAUAGAAUUGAUUAUGCAAUUAAUUGUUAACAUGCAUUGAAAAUUAUAGAUGAAAGAAUUAGAAAUCAUAUAUUUUAUAGAGUUAUUCUUUUAGAUAUUGAAAUGCCAAUUAUUGAUGGAUUUGGUACUGCAAAAAUGAUUAAAUAAUAUGUUAAUGAUACCAUAACUACUAUGCCUGUACUUAUUGCAGUAAGUGGACAUGGAUUACAUAUGAAACAAUAAGCAUUAAACAAUGGAUUUGUAGAUUAUUAUGAAAAACCAUUAAAAGUAGCAGAUAUAGAGGAAAUUAUUACUCGUUAUCUACAAUGAUUUUAUUUUUAUAAAAAUACUAAUUUAAAUUAAAAUUAUCGUUAGAUGUUUGUUUGUUGCGGAAAAAAGAAAAAGGAUCGGAAACAUGCUUCAUUAGGAAAUCUUCAUUAGUUAAAUUUAAUUUGUUAAGAUGGACUAUACUUUGAUAAGAAUCUUAAAAUAAUUACAGAAUUCAAUAAAACAAAUGUAUUCAUAAUUUAUUUAAUUGAAUCUUAGUUUUCAGAUACUUUAAAAGGAAAUUGUAAAUAUUAUUGUCCAAUCUGUUUUAAAUAUUAUGACUGUAAAAUCUUACCUUAUUCUAGGUAUGCUUCAUACAACUUGUUGUUCUAAUUAUGUCUGUCAUGUUUGUGCAGUAUAAUCUCUUGCCAAUAAAAUGUAUAAUUGUCAUUAUUGUCGAAAUGAACACUGCAAAUAUGUCGAUGUUGAUCCUGCACAUUAGUUAAAAAUAUACAUAGAUUCACAUACUAAAUUAUGAAAUUUAUAUUAAUUAAUAUAUACAAAUGUAAAAAGUAGAUUACAUCUUUAAGAUUGUACUAAUAGGACCCUAGAAUGUUGGCAAAUCUUCCCUUAUGGCCAGAUUCAUAGAUUAAGUUUUUAAUGAUAGUUACCUUUCCACAGUUGGAGUUGACUUCAGAAUCAAAACCUUAUCCAUACAUGAUAAAACGUAACUAAAUACACAUAUCUAUUAGUAUUAAAAUGUAGAUAUGGGACACAGCUGGAUAAGAGCGAUUUUAAGCUUUAACUUAAUCUCACUAUAAAGGGGCUCAUGGUUGUAUUGCCGUAUAUGAUGUUACAAAUGAAAGGUACUUAUUAGAUACUUAAUAUUUAAUAGAUCAUUCGAGGAUGCCAAAAAAUUUAUAAAAUUAGUGAUUGAAGAACAUGGAUUGAUUCCUGAAGCAUGCUAUUUAAUAGCAAAUAAAGUUGAUUUAGUCAGUAAAAGAGUGGUAUAUUAUUAAAGCAUUUAUUUUAGAUUCUUGGUAAAAAUGGAAAUGAAUUUGCAUAAGAUUUAGGUGUUAAUUAUUUAGAAACAUCUGCUAAAACUGGAGAUAAUGUCAAUUAAUUAUUUUUAGAUUUGGGCAAAAUUAUCUUAAAUUUGGUGGAUUAGAAAAGAACAAUUGCUCAGCCACCUGAAAAUGAUACUAGAUUAAGAACAUUAGAUGCAUAAAAAAUAGAAUAAGAAUAAGGUUGUAAGUGCUGA